AUGGUCUAUUUCUAUUCGAUCAGUUUCAUCAUUGUCGUAUUUUGUGUGCUGGGCCUCUUCGGCAAUCUGAACAUCAUAUGGGCAACCUUUCGUAAACCACAAUUGCAAAAGAAACAUGGUAUCGAUAGAAAGUCGUUCGCCUCUAAUAAUAGAUGCUUAUUACUGGCCAAUCUUGCUGGCUACCAUCUCGUUUGCAUUUCGUCUCAAUGGGUGAAUCUCUCGUACAGUAUCAAUCACCAGCUUCCACGGCAAGACGAAUGCUUCCGACUUAUCCUUCCGUAUAUCUUUGCAAUAAGCGCCCAAGCGAUCAUGUAUGUGGUCAUUGUCGGCGACCUUUUGGCUGCCGUUCUCGUUCCACUCAGGCAUCACUUCUUCCAGCCAUUUCAAUAUGUUGUCAUUGUUUCCAUUCCUGUUUGGAUCUACUCCAUUAUUGUUUUGGUACGAUUUUUAUUCUAUUCUAAUAGUUCAGCCGGAUACCAUCCGUAA